AUGUCUGAAAUCUCACGGGACAGGUGUGACGGAAAGCCUGACUGCGAGGACAAUCACGCCGAUGAACAGAAUUGUGAGUUUCCUUUUAGUCGCAACUGUACUAAUUAUGAGUACCGGUGCUCAAACUCCCGGUGCAUUCCAAAAGGCAACCUGUGCGACACCAUAUGUGACUGUGCCGGUACUUGUGAGGACGAGCUGCCCGACCAGUGCAGCCAUUAUUACACACUUAUUAAUGGUCUGAGUGUAUGCAAGAGGUCGACAACAGUCGCCUGUACUCUAUCGGAGAGCGGAAAGGUAGUCGAGCGCUGUAUUGGUGCCAACUAUACGUGCAAUGGAUUCAACGAUUGUCUCCGAAUCACAGCUGACGAUGAAUACGGCUGUCUAUACGGAGAUACAUAUCGUGGG